AUGCUUCUGAGUGAAAGAGAGGCCCAAUCUCUCAAGCUCUUUCUGACGACUGACCUCGAGCAUAGGUCCGAAGCAGACCCAAAUGUACUGGCUGACUAUGUAUUGGUCCUGCUCAAACAUGACCAGCCGAUACAGGAUUUACGCACUACCUGUCUCGACCAGCUCGAGGACUUUUUGAAAGAACAAACAACACCCUUCGUAACUCGUCUAUUCAAUGCCCUACAGUCAAAGGAAUACAUGAAGGAACCUCAGUCAAAAGGUGGUCAGCACUCAAACGACUAUCCUCCCGUCAUCGAAGAAGAGGACGACGCUGAAAAGAACUUCAAACACGCAAGGCAUCGUCAAGCUACCUUGGAUGGAGCCACUCCACAGGACGGCAAAAAACGAAUGAGAGACAGCGCUAACGACCUGCCUCAUUCGGAUUACGAUCAACCUCCAUCAAAACGACAAGAUAUCGAUGAUCAUCGUAAUAAUAACAACAUCAAUAACAAUAAUAAUAGUAGAGGUGACCCAUACGAUUCCCGUCGAUCAAGACCUGGUCCUGAAGUCGUCGAAAGACUAGGCCCAAUGAAUGGACGUGGCAGGUUUAAUAAUCCUAAUAGUAACAUGUACCGUCAACAAGGUAGACCGCCAAAUAUGGGUGGCUGGAAUCAGCAGCAGCAGGGUCCUCCGCAGAUGAAUGGUGGUGACAGAUACAUGAAUUCACCUAUGAGAGGUGGCAUGAGUCGAAUGGGAGGAUUUGAUCGUGGUGGUCCUAGAGGCUCGCCAAUGCAAGGUGGCUAUCCACCGCAGCAGCAACAAAUGCAACAACAACAGCCAAUACGUCGUUCAAAUCAAAGAGCUCAGAAAUGUCGGGAUUAUGAAGAACGAGGCUAUUGUCUACGAGGUGAUGACUGUCCGUUUGAUCAUGGAGCUGACCGAAUUGUAAUGGAAGAUCCAAUGGCCCUGUUUCCCUCCUCACAACAGCCCAUGAUGCCUCCUAUGCCAUACGGUGAUCAAGGCCAAGAUUGGUCUCAACGAAAUGGAAUGGAUCAAGGACCGUAUAGAAUGGAUCCAACACUACCCUUCCAAAGUCAACAACGACCCCCUCCUCCUGUAAAUCCCACAUAUCAAGGUACUCCUGGUGGUAGUGGUGUUCGAGGACGUCUUGGUGGUGGUCGAGAAUAUGGCACUCCCGAUAAUACCACUCUAGUAGUAGAUAGCAUCCCACCUGAAAAACUCAACCUCGAUUCCGUCAACGCAUACUUUAAAAAAUACGGAUCGAUAAUGAAUAUCAAACUAGUACCAGGUACCACUCGUGCCGUGAUACAAUUCGCAGCACACCCACAGGCCAUGAUGGCCUUCCAAGAUCCAGAGCCUGUAUUCGCCAACCGCUUUGUAAGAGUAUUCUGGAUGAGACCUGAAGAUUACGCUAUAGCUGGAAUCACUCCUUCAUAUCCCUCAUCAGCCAGCAGAUCGACACCUGGAUUUAGUGCCAGACCUCAAUACGCCAGUGGCGAAAACAAUAAACCUUCGACAUUAUCAGCACCAGCACCACCAGCUACUCCCAAAGCCACCGAAGCAAUCAAAACGCAGUCAACUGCUCUUCUUACUAAACUCAUGACAGAACAGAAGAUUGUUCUAAGUAUGAUGGAGAAGGCCAAAACCGAUAAAGAAAAGGCAGACUUGAAAUCCAUGUUUGAUAACAUAUCACGCAAACUGGCUGAACUAUUAGAAGAAGGCAAAGCUGCUGCUAGUAAAGCUGCCUCUAUAGCCGCUGCUGCAAACCCUGUAAAUCAAAAGCAACUAGUCGAACAAAAGAAGAAGGAAGCUCUAGAUAGAGAACUCGAAGAAAUACAACGUAGUGUUGCUACUCCUACAUCAUCUAGCGUGAUAGAAAGUGAUCUUACAGCUGCUGGUGGUGGUGUUGACAACAGUAACGGUCUCAAUGAUAGCAAAAAGACACCAGAGGAAGUCUUGGCUGAACUCAAGACUAGAGCUGUCAGUCUCGGUAUCGACCUAUCUACACCAGGUGCUAUUGGACAUGGACGAGGUGGUCGAGGUGGUGCUAGUACUACAACAUUCCGUGGUCGAGGUGGUGCACUUGGUCGAGGUGGGGGAAGAUUCCAACUGGAUUUACGACCACGAACAUUACUCGUUGUUGGAUUUGAUACUCCUACUGACGAAAAUGUUAGAUCGCAUUUUUUGCAAUUUGGGGCUUUGGAGAGCGUUGAAAUACUAUCUGAUGGAAGUGCUCUCGUCAAGUACUCUAAAAGAUACGAAGCUGAAGCUGCAAUGAUGAAGGGAAUCAAACCGACAAGCGCUUCUGCUCCUCUGACUAUGACAUGGCACACGCCUUCUACCGCUACAAACCCUACUACUCCCGCUGCAGCCGCUAGUGCUGCUGAUGCUUCUGCUGAUAAAGGGGAAGUAGAAGAGGAUAAUAGUGAAGCAAUUCCAUAUGGUGAAGGUGACGACGAUGAUGAAGAGUCGCCUGAUAGACAUUUCCGUAGAGGAUAA